AUGAGGGACUCAGGGUCCGGGAGGAGGGAUUCGGUUCGGUUCGGUGUGUUGGUUGAUAGGGUGGGAGAACCCCAAGGGUUCACUUCACUGCCGUUUGUGCCUUCUUUUGGUGGGAUGUCCACAACAGAGGUGCAUGCAGUUCAGGCGGAGCAGAUUUCGAUCGAGCAAGCAUCCGCAUAUGCAAAACUGAGCAUGCUUGCUGUGUUGCGUCCAGGCUGGGAUCGUUACACCUCGUCGAAGCCGGUGAAUAGCCCUGAGCCGGGCGUGAAUACUCGUAAUCGAACUGUGGCGACGGCAAGCUUGUCGCGCAUGGCAGAGGCAGCAGGGCAAGUCGCGAGAAGCGUCGAGGGAUGUGUCGAUGGCCUCUGGGCGACUGCUCCUGUUGAAGCAAGAAAUUUGACAUCACGAUGUCGAAAUAUGGGUUGCUGGUCUAUUCCAUCGGAGCUUGACCCGCGUCCGAGGCCGCAAGGAAGGGGUGACAAUCUGAGACGACACGGAAGAUCCAUUUCGAGUAGAGAAAACCAACUUUCGUUCUUGUGGAGGGCCGAGGCAGAGGUCGAAGUCGGAGUCGAUUUUGAGGUCGAGUGCGAGGUGGCUCGAGGAUGGCAUGGCGAGACUCGAAAACAGCUUAUCCUUGUUUCCAGGCAAACAUGGUGUAUCGGUGAGGCAGCGGUGGCAAUCCAACGAGGAUUCGAGAAAAGCCGAUGGUCUGACAAGAAGAAAGAAUCGAGACAGAGAAAAGAAGCACAGCAUAGUGCGCACUCAUGGGGACCGGGGCAAGUCGCAACCGACUACUGGCCGGAUACGAAUCCCCUCCUCAUCCUCAGCUCCUAUCUAUCUGUACAGUGUCUAUUCGGACUCUUGGGAGCCCAUGGUAGCAGAAGUCCAAGAAGUGCCGGGUUAUCCAUUUGGGAACUUGCCUACUUUUGGUCCAUCUCUUGCUUGAGCAUCACUGUCGCCUGCGAUUGCACGUCACCUGUUUCACUACCUUCUAUUCAACUGAGGGAACGACGGCAAUCAGUCUCGUCAUUACCUACUGUAUUCCCGCGAGCAACUAUACCGAAUGGUCUCGGCAAGAUCCUCACGUUGGAAGAGUCGUUCUUUGAUUCCACGGAUAACUUGUCAUGGUGGCCACGAGCUCAGUUUAAUCACUGGCGACAACAUUGUCAAAAGUGGCCCAGCGAUAAAGGGACCCAGGCACAACGAAAAUCGACUUCAAGCCGCUAUUCUCGUCACGAAAUCAGUCCAGGUGACAAGCGCAGUAUAAGGGGCGUGCAAUCCCGCUCAAGACGGCUUGAAGUAUCUCGAUCAGAGCAAUUUACUGAUAACGAAACAAUAAAAAUUCCGAUCGGUCGUAUCUAUAAUAUAUGCGCAAAAGAAAGGCCCUCUGAUUGCAAGAGGCCCGUAGGUUCUGUCAACGUGCGAUAUUGGCGUGUUGCCUAA